CAGGGGUCUAUUUCUAAAAUAAUUUUUUACAAGGAACAAAAAUUGAAAAAAAAUCCAGCCAUGGGUGCUACGAACGGUCCAAGAGAUAAAAGAGCAGAUGGCAUGUCAUUGUCAGUGUUUCCCUGCAAAACAAGUUUCACGUUCCUUUUUUUUAAAAAAAAACAGAAGUUUCAGUGCCACCCAGAACAAAAUUAUGUAUAUAGGGCAUCGUAUCUUCGAAACAAAACCAUACUUUAACAGAGGAGUACGUCGGUCAUUUUUACUUUAAUUAAGUACAGGACACGUCAGUCGAUCCCCACAGUCUUCUUCCUCUAUAGAUCAAUAAUGAAACCACCCACAAGGAAUGCUCCCACUCAAAAUUCAUUCCUCGAUUCAUCUACCUAGCUAGCUUGCUUGCUCUUCGAAGGCCACUAAUUGCGCAGGCGCAGCAAUAUUGAAUGGCCCAAAUGCUAGCAGCCUUCCUCCUUGAUGGCCUGAUCAGCCAUGAGCACGGCCACGAAUCGCUGGGAGCUCCUCCACAGGCCGGCACCAUGGCGUGGUACUCUCUCGUGCUCAUGACGUCCUUGUUGUUCCCUCUCCUUGUCCUACUUGUUAUGCGCUGCUAUGUCACAAGGUCCGGCGCCAAGCUACUCGACAAGCUCCCCUCGGUACCUGGCAGGCUUCCGGUGAUCGGUCACCUGCACCUCAUCGGCUCCUUGCCCCACAUCUCCCUCCGCGACCUUGCCACUAAGCAUAGCCCUGACAUGAUGCUCCUCCACCUCGGCGCCGUGCCAACCCUAGUGGUGUCAUCCUCUCGUGUGGCACAAUCCAUCCUACACACGCACGAUGACAUAUUCGCAUCACGGCCCUACUCUCCUAUAGCCAACAUCCUCUUUUACGGUGCAACAGAUGUCGGCUUCUCCCCGUACAACGAGUAUUGGCGGCAAAUCAAGAAGAUCACCACCACACAUCUCUUGACUAUGAAGAAGGUGCGCUCCUAUGUGUCGGCACGACAACGGGAGGUGAGGAUAGUAAUGGCCAGGAUCACUGAGGCGGCGUCCAAACAUGUGGUAGUGGACCUGACCGAGAUGUUAAGUUGCUACUCCAAUAACAUAGUGUGUCACGCAGUGUGUGGCAAGUUCUCCCUGAAAGAAGGUUGGAAUCAACUACUUCGGGAGCUGGUCAAGGUAAACACAUCGCUACUUGGUGGCUUCAACAUUGAGGACUACUUUCCUAGCUUUACAAGGCUGGCCGCAGUUAGGAGAUUGCUACUGUCAUGCGCCAAAGCACACAACAUCAACAAGAGAUGGGACCAGCUGCUAGAAAAGCUCAUUGACGACCAUACUACCAAGCAUAUCAGGUCUUCCUCGAUGCUCAACCACUACGAUGAGGAAGCAGGUUUCAUCGAUGUCCUACUCUCUAUUCAGCACGAAUAUGGCCUAACUAAAGAUAACAUCAAGGCAAACUUGGCGGCCAUGCUCAUGGCUGGCAUGGACACGUCAUUCAUCGAGCUAGAAUACGCCAUGGCUGAGCUGAUGCAGAAGCCCCAUGUAAUGGGAAAGCUGCAGGCCGAGGUGAGAAGAGUGAUGCCAAAGGGGCAAGACAUAGUUACUGAAGAGCAACUAGGUUGUAUGCCCUACCUAAAGGCGGUCAUCAAGGAGACACUUCGGCUACACCCUCCAGCACCACUUCUAAUGCCGCAUCUUUCCAUAUCUGAUUGUAAUAUCAAUGGCUACACAAUACCCUCUGGUACUCGUGUCAUAGUCAAUGUAUGGGCUUUGGCCAGGGACUCAAACUAUUGGGAGAACGCCGACGAGUUCAUACCGGAGCGAUUCAUCGUUAACACAUUAGGUGACUACAACGGGAACAAUUUCCAUUUCUUGCCAUUCGGGAGCGGGCGGAGGAUCUGCCCAGGUAUAAACUUUGCAAUUGCCACCAUCGAGAUCAUGCUAGCAAAUUUGGUGUACCGCUUUGACUGGGAGCUACCAGCAGAUCAGGCGGCGAAGGGAGGUAUUGAUAUGACCGAGACGUUCGGGGUGGCUGUGCACCGCAAGGAGAAGCUCCUCCUUAUCCCACAUCUCCAUUUGAGAUGAUUAAUUAACGUAAUUGGAUCUAAGUUUCUACAUAUGUUGUCUUAUUAGUCAAUGACUUAAUAUUGUAUGAUUAUCGCAUUUUGUAAAUAUGCUUGUGCUGAGUGGUGAGCUUGUUGCAACUUGUAAUUAGUUGUAAAAUAAAAAUGUGAAAUGUGGAACACCAAGAUU